UCUAGUAAUUCUGUUCUGGCAAUUUUAUUCUUGGCUUGAUUUAUUUUCAGUCUUAAUUAAUGAAUGUGAAAAUAUAGGUACAUUGUGAAAACUGAUUGCACCAAAUAAGAUUAUUUUUAAAAUUUUUUAAAACAUGACAUUUUUAAAAAGUGUACAACCAGGUUUAAAAUUAUUUCAAACAUAUCCAAAAAUUUUAAAUGUACCUUUACGUCGAACUAAAUAUGUUCCUGUUUACAUAAAGGAAGAGAAAGAAAAAUUUCUUGAUGCUGCAGUAAAUAAAUCAUUCUUGUUAGAAAUCAUACGAGGUUUAGGAAUUACAAUGUCACAUUUCUUUACUGAACCUGCAACAAUAAACUAUCCUUUUGAAAAAGGCCCUUUGAGUCCAAGAUUUAGAGGUGAACAUGCAUUAAGAAGAUAUCCAUCAGGAGAAGAAAGAUGUAUUGCAUGUAAAUUAUGUGAAGCUAUUUGUCCAGCACAAGCAAUUACUAUUGAAGCAGAGGAGAGAGCUGAUGGAUCUCGUCGUACAACAAGAUAUGACAUAGACAUGACAAAAUGUAUAUAUUGUGGAUUUUGUCAAGAAGCUUGUCCAGUGGAUGCAAUCGUAGAGGGUCCCAACUUCGAAUUUUCCACAGAGACACAUGAGGAGUUAUUAUAUAAUAAAGAAAAACUAUUAAAUAAUGGAGAUAAAUGGGAAUCAGAAAUUGCUAGCAAUAUUCAUGCUGAUUAUCUCUAUCGAUAAAUUUAAUAAAUUAUAUAAUGUAGUCAAAUAUUACAUAUAUUAUUAGUAAAAAAUAUUUAUUGUAUAAUAUCUAUCAGCAAUAAUUAGAUUUCGAAAUAGAUUUCAAAAUUGAUCUAUUA